CGCCUCCCGCCAUGCUCUCCGGGGUGCCGCCGCCUCCCGCCGGCUUCCCCAGCCCGCCGCCCCCCCAGCCACCGCCCCCCCCGCCGCCCGCCGCCCCCCCCCACGGGCCGCCGCCGUUCCCGGGGAAGGGCGGCCUGCAGAUCCGGAAGAAUGCCAUCACGGACGACUACAAGGUCACCACGCAAGUGCUGGGGCUGGGCAUCAACGGGAAAGUUUUGGAGAUCUUCAGUAAGAAAAGCGGCGAGAAGUUCGCUCUCAAGAUGCUGCAGGACUGCCCGAAGGCCCGCAGGGAAGUGGAGCUGCACUGGAGGGCAUCGCAGUGCGCGCACAUCGUCCGCAUCAUGGACGUCUACGAGAACCUCUACCAGGGGAGGAAGUGUCUGCUCAUCGUCAUGGAGUGCUUGGACGGUGGGGAGCUCUUCAGCCGGAUUCAAGACAGGGGAGACCAGGCCUUCACAGAACGGGAGGCUUCAGAGAUUAUGAAGAGCAUUGGGGAAGCCAUCCAGUACCUACACUCGAUCAACAUUGCACACCGGGACGUGAAGCCGGAAAACCUCUUGUACACCUCCAAAAGGCCCAAUGCUGUGUUAAAACUCACGGACUUUGGCUUUGCUAAAGAAACCACCACGCACAACUCCUUGGCCACUCCGUGUUACACGCCCUACUACGUGGCCCCGGAGGUGCUGGGCCCGGAGAAGUACGACAAGUCCUGCGACAUGUGGUCCCUCGGUGUCAUCAUGUACAUUCUGCUGUGUGGGUACCCCCCCUUCUACUCCAACCACGGCCUGGCCAUCUCGCCCGGCAUGAAGAAGCGAAUCCGAAUGGGCCAGUAUGAGUUUCCCAAUCCUGAAUGGUCCGAAGUGUCGGAGGAAGUUAAGCAACUGAUCCGCAACCUGCUGAAGACGGACCCGACCCAGCGCAUGACGAUAACGGAGUUCAUGAACCAUCCCUGGAUCAUGCAAUCCAUGCAGGUGCCCCAGACCCCACUGCACACCAGCCGCGUGCUGAAAGAGGAGAAGGAUCUGUGGGAGGACGUGAAGGAGGAGAUGACGAGCGCGCUGGCCACCAUGCGAGUGGACUACGAACAAAUCAAGAUCAAGAAAAUCGAAGAUUCCUCGAACCCUUUGCUAAUGAAGAGGCGGAAGAAAGCAAACCCCACCGAGCCUGCCGCGCUCCCCCACUGAGGGUGCCCUGCGCCCGCCAGCCCUUGAGAAAGCAAUAACUAUAUAUAUAUAUUUUUUAAGAAAAAAGACAAAAAGAGACAGACUGUUAUAUCAAGCGCAUGGAAUUCCGACAUUUAUACCAGACUAGUUAUUUUUAGCUACUCACCUGUGUUUCUGACCUUUCCGGAGCAGGGGGUAAGAUCCCCCUGUCAGAUCAACACGCUGCGGCUGGGGGUUUUGUCCUGUAGGUGAAUGCCGCCGAUAAUUGGAUUUUUUUUUUUUCUUUUGUGAAACAGUUUUGAUUCUUAUGUUGUUUUUUUCUUUUUUUUUUUCUUUUUUUUUUUUUCUCUUUCCUUCCUUCCAAAAACAUGGAAAUUCCUGUGGUGACCUUUUUAGGGUAUAUAACAUAUAAAUAUUUUUUAAAAACUACUGUAGAGCUGAAACCCAGACAGUGUGUUCCCUGCGUGGAUGCCGGCUAGAGAUGGGCUUCGGGCUUGGGAGCGGGUCAGGGAGGACGGGGAAGGAGAGCUGCCUUCUCCCCAGUCCCGCAGUGCGUGGCAGGGCUGGCGUGGGGCAUCCCUGUGGCCACUGUGCUUCUUUGCUGGCCUGGAAAAGUGCUGCUUUUAAAGCACGGUAGGCAAAAACCACCCCCCCCCCCAAGCCCCCCCUGACCUGGAAGCCUUGACUCUACCCGGCGCAGGGCUCCCCACGAGCACCGUCUGUGUCGCUGUCUGUCUGUGCGUGGGGUGUGUGUUGUGUCCGUGGGUGCGGAGCUGCUCGUGGCUCUCCCCCCGCCGUGGCCACCACAGUCUGUACCUGUGCCUGGAAUCCAGUUCUGACCUCAGGGGGGGGCCGGGAGGAGGGGGGGUGUGGGGGUGUAAGCAGGAGGUCAGUGCCCCCCCGCUCUGUAGGGAUGUGGGGAAGAGAUGAAGAGAUGCUUCCCCCACCACCUCUGCAGCCCCCCAGCUCCGGGGGAGAUGCUGUCCUGGGGGUCCCUGAGGAAAAGCGGGUGGCACGGGGCUUUAGCUUGAGCCAGGGUGGCAGCACUGUCCCCUCCUUGGCUGGGUCUGGGGGUCGUGUUGUCCCCCCCACAGUGUGGCUCCUGCCGGGGGGGCUGCUCCUCCCGCCAGCUCCCAGGGGGGCUGGGAGUGAUCCUCCGCUCCUGGGAGCAGGACGACUGCUCUGAAGUCUUUAGUCCAUGAAUUAUUAUUAUUAUUAUUUGUUGCAAUGUUUCACUGCGUUAAAUGUGUUUGAAUGGGGAAAAAAAUUUUUUUUAAGGCAAUGUUUAGUUAUUAGGUGAUCUUUUAGACACUGUAUGGAAUCUUAAUUUGUUCUGGAAACCAGUUUUUAUCCCCCUUUUUUUUUUUUAUUUUUUUUUUUAUUUUUGUCUGUUGGCUUAUACUAAUCUUCCCGGUCUGCUCUUCAGUCCUUUGGAUUAAAGACACUUAAUGCGUCA